GGAGCCCUCUUCCCGAUGAGUGGAGGCUGGCCUGGUGGACAAGCCUGCCUCCCUGCCGCUCAGAUGGCCCUCGACCUAGUAAAUGACAGGACUGACAUACUUCCGGACUACGAACUGGAGCUGAUACACUACGACAGUAUGUGUGAUCCAGGUGAGGCCACCAAGCUGCUAUAUGACCUUCUGUAUACAGAGCCCAUUAAAAUCGUGCUGAUGCCAGGCUGUAGCUCCGUGUCCACGCUGGUGGCUGAGGCUGCUCGUAUGUGGAACCUCAUAGUGUUGUCGUAUGGUUCAAGUUCUCCGGCUCUGUCCAACCGCCAGCGUUUUCCCACCUUCUUCCGCACUCAUCCGUCAGCCACACUGCACAACCCAACUCGAGUGCAGCUCUUCCAGAAGUGGAAAUGGACCAAGAUUGCCACCAUUCAGCAAACAACAGAAGUUUUUACAUCAACUCUGGAUGAUCUGGAGGAGAGGGUGAAGGAGGCAGGGAUUGAAAUCAGCGUUCGUCAGAGCUUCCUCACUGACCCUGCUGUGGCUGUCAAAACCCUCAAGCGCCAAGAUGCCCGAAUUAUUGUUGGCCUGUUCUACGAAACGGAGGCCAGGAAGGUCUUCUGUGAGGUGUACAAGGAGAAACUGUAUGGGAAAAAGUAUGUGUGGUUCCUCAUCGGCUGGUACGCAGACAACUGGUUUAAGAUCAAGGACCCAUCAAUAAACUGUACAGUGAAACAGAUGACAGAGGCUGUAGAGGGUCAUGUGACUACUGAGAUUGUCAUGCUCAACCCAGAGACGGUGCGAGGAGCCUCCAACCUGACAUCUCAGGAGUUUCUAGCCCAGCUGAUGUCUAAACUUGGGGGGAAAAAUCCAGAGGAAACGGGUGGUUUCCAGGAGGCCCCGCUGGCCUAUGAUGCUGUGUGGGCUCUAGCCCUGGCCCUCAACAAGACUGUGGGGCCCCUAAAGGCCAAGGCCCACCGGCUAGAAGAUUUCAACUACAAUAACCGAGAUAUCACCGGAGAGAUCUACCGAGCAAUGAACACCAGCUCCUUCGAAGGAGUUUCAGGACAUGUUGUAUUUGAUGCUCAAGGUUCUCGAAUGGCCUGGACUCUUAUUGAACAGCUUCAAGGAGGGAGCUAUAAGAAGAUUGGAUACUAUGACAGCACUAAAGGCAAUCUGUCCUGGUAUGGGAAUGACAAGUGGAUAGGCUCAGGACCCCCUGCAGACCAGACGGUGGUUAUCGAGGAGUUUCGCUACCUAUCCCAGAAGCUCUUUGUGUCUUUGUCUGUCUUUGCUGGGUUGGGAAUCCUGCUGGGAAUCAUCUGCCUCACCUUCAACAUCUACAACAGCAAUGUCAGGUACAUUCAGAACUCUCAGCCGUACCUUAACAACAUAACUACAGUGGGCUGCAUGAUGGCUCUGGCUGCUGUCUUCCCUUUGGGCAUCGAUGGCCUUCAUGUCCCCAGGAGGCAGUUCCCUGUAGUCUGCCAGUUUCGCUUGUGGCUGCUUGGUCUGGGUUUCAGCCUCGCGUAUGGCAGCAUGUUCACCAAGAUCUGGUGGGUCCACACGGUAUUCACCAAGAAGGAUGAAAAGAAGGAUAAGAGGAAGCACCUGGAGCCAUGGAAACUCUACGCUACUGUUGGUGGUCUGCUCGGCGUCGACAUCCUGUCUCUCAUGAUCUGGCAGAUUGUGGAUCCUUUGCAUAUCACAGUGGAAAAAUUUACCAGGGAAGCCCCCAAAGGAGACCUGGAUGUUUUGAUUCAGCCUUUGCUGGAGCACUGCAGCUCAGAAAAAAUGAACACCUGGCUGGGUGUGGUGUAUGGUUAUAAAGGCUUACUGCUGCUGCUCGGCAUCUUCCUGGCCUAUGAGACCAAGUCCAUCUCCACAGAGAAGAUCAAUGACCAUCGAGCUGUGGGCAUGGCCAUUUAUAAUGUUGCUGUGCUGUGUAUGAUCACAGCUCCGGUCACCAUGAUUCUCGCCUCCCAGCAGGACGCCUCCUUCGCCUUUGCCUCCUUGGCCAUCAUCUUCUCGGUCUACAUCACACUGGUGGUUCUGUUCGUCCCUAAGAUGCGGCGUCUGAUCACCCGAGGUGAGUGGCAGUCAGAUGCCCAAGAGACCAUAAGGACUGGGUCAUCCACCAAUAACAAUGACGAGGAAAAGUCCAGACAACUGGAGAGAGAGAACAAGGAGCUACAAAAGAUCAUCCAGGAGAAAGAAGAGCGUGUGUCGGAGCUGAGGAACCAGCUGUCUGAGCGACAGGCCCUGCGAUCGAGAAGAAGAGCAUCCACUGUCACCAAUCAGAACCACAGCCCAACCUCCCUCGCCAUCCCGCAGGGUGACCCCAGGUCCCUGGCCCCUCCUCCGGGGUACCCUGCCCUCACCUCUGACCCCCACCCUGUUCCUCCAUCCUUUGCCAACUCAACCAGCCUCUACCAGCCAGAGAGCAAGAUUAGCCGAAAUAACUGCCAUACCAGCCGGCUACAGCUCCUCUACAAGUGAGAUGGUGAUGAGGACAGUAAUGACGAUAACAGCUAAACAGAGGUGGAGAAGAAGUACAGACACCAGUUCAAAUAAUAAAUCAGUGUCUGUUUGAGGAGGUGACGUCAAAACGCAGUCCACCAAUCAGAAGAGGCUGAAGGAUGGCCAGUGGAGAGGUUUAGUUUCGAAGAAAUCUUCAGUCUUCAAUCUCCACUUCUUUCCCUCUUUCAAAGUUCAUCAAUGUUAUUUUUAUUUUCCCCCCUAAGAAAAAGAGAUGUACAUACAUUUUGUUCGUUAUAAAAUGUUGCAUCUGUCAUCAAUGAGUGAUUUUUCAUGCCAUCUAGAAAUUGAGAAAAAAAUCGCUCAGUAUUGACCAUUUGCCUUAGCCCAUCAGCUAGAGCUACUAAUCUGUCAAGUUUUCCAAUAUAACAAUGCACAUAGAGUAAUGGUGGCAGAUUUAUCAUCAGAAUUUGUUGGGAUUUCUGAAACAAAAAGUCAUUGCCUUUAGACAAAAGAUGACAUAAGCAGCUUCUCAUUUUUGGCGGAUGAAAUGAGAAGUGUGGGGGGAAAUUUUAUUAGAUGAUUAAUUGCUAAUCAGGUUAGCAUUAAUGUUAGAUCCAUUGAUUUGUUAAAAACUCUGUCUCCAGUUGACUCAUUAAAAAAGGAGAAUCCUGUAAAAGGAUCUUUAAUAGGCACAUGACGGCUACAUAUAUGAUAUUGUGCUAAAAAAAAAACCUGAGACUAAAGCUACGUGUCCAAGGGAAAAAGUCAGCAUCCCCACCAAUUGAUGAUCCAUGUAGAAGACACGAAAAGGAGCAGUAUUGUUCUUGUACCACAUGGUGGCUAGUUAGUCCUAGGAUUAUAGUGCAGUAUCAUAAAGAAAAUAUAUGAUCAAACUGUUAUGUCUUUCUAUGUACUAUGUACUUCAGGUUUACUACAGAUUAAAAGAUCUUGAGGAUAAAAACUAACCAAUGAGUUUUUCAAACUCCCGUGUCUCAUGCUAUCCGAGAUAAAGCUGCUGGAGUGUAAACCUCAAAUCCAAUAAAGAGCACAAAAUAGCUGCUAACAUUAGCCUAAACUCUGAUAUAGUUGUAUCCUGGACUGGCUUCCACACUGGACAUUCCAGUCCUGAACAGGACUUUUAAGGUAACCUGUAACCCCUCAAAAUAACAAAUGACUCUUAGCCUUGGAUGUAACGCUACAUUACUUGUUUAUAAGCUAGUUAGUCAAACAUGCUUACCGUUUCAGCUUACAUUAUAGCAAAAACUGUGUUUAUUAAUAGUGAUAUUUGGUAACCAAAGUAUUUAGUGGGUGGUGUCUUUUUUAAUUUCCCCUCCAAAAUCAAAAACACAAGAGCUAAAGUGUAAGGAAUGAAAUAUACAGUGUGUUCAAAAUGCCUCUAAACAUGGAUCUCAUUUUCAAAUGACUCAGCUAGAAACACUUCCUCAGCCAUCGUUGAGUUGUUGUUAAUUAGCAAGUUCCAGCUGAUAAAAUCUUGUAGCGAUAUUUGUCAUUUUAACCAACAAAAUCAAUGCCUAAUGACUAAAAAUGAGAAUAAAGCUUUUGUUACUUAUGUGUGAAAUCAAAGACCCACUGACUUCAUAAUAAGUGAUGACAGUUUUGUGACAGACUAACUAAGCUCCUCUUGUUAAAUGUUUGAUGGUGGUUUUUUACAUUGUUACUGGUCUCUGUUCAAAGAGACUGCUGAGUCAUUGUCAUUCUACUGAGUCAUACUUGUGUGCGUUCAUGCUAAACCCCUCACUGUGGCUGAACCCAGUCCUUUUGAUUCAGGUCUGGAAAGAAGCUGAGGAU